UAUGGACGAGUGGACGGUGGUGCAAUUCGCUGCCAUCACAAGAGCUAUAUCUCUGCUAUUACAAGCUAUACUGAAUGCUGUGAUUCCUGAUCAUGCUGCAGAUGCCUUCAGUCCUCCACGGUUAGAGGAGCCCCGCCUCUUUGACCCCUUGAUUGAGGUGCUGUUGGGAGGAUUGUGUCACUGGGAUUCAGAGCACUUCCUCUUUAUUGCAGAGCGAGGCUAUUUAUAUGAACACAAUUUUGCUUUCUUUCCACUGUUCCCAAUCACUCUAAGAUCAGUAACAACCACUGUACUGUGGCCUCUGAAUGGCUGGCUCACAGUCCGAGGACGCCUAUUACUGGCAGUGGCUCUGGGUAACAGUGUUCUGUUCCUUCUGAGUGCAGUAGCGCUGUACAGACUGGGCUGUCUAGUGCUACAAGACAGAUGUCUAGCCUUUAUAUCCAGCCUGCUUUACUGCCUCACGCCCGCUAAUGUCUUUAUGGUCGUCGGCUACUCCGAAUGCCUGUUUGCGACGUUGACAUUUGGGGGCCUGUGGCUACUGGAGAAAGAAUUCAUCUUAAAAUCCUCCCUGUUGUUCGGUUUAGCCACUGCUGCCCGAGCAAACGGGCUUGUGAAUGCUGGGUUUCUGCUGUACUCAUCCUUACGGAGGGGUUUUGUUCAGGCCAGGGUCCUGAGCACAGGGGCCAGAUCUUACCUUAGGUACUGCCGCUACAUCUGGACAGCCAUCUGCCUCUUGCUUACGUCUGCUGUAUGCGUAAGCAUUGUUUUCCUCCCUUUUGGACUUUUCCAGAACUAUGCCUACCAGAUUUUCUGUAAACCCUCCCUAACACAGGACCAGAUAUCUCCCGCACUUCUUAGACUGUCUAAGGAGAAAGGUUACAGGGUACCUGAUGCCACUAAACCAACACCGAGUUGGUGCCACAACCCUGUUCCACUUGUCUAUUCCUACAUCCAAGAUGUUUAUUGGGAUGUGGGCUUCCUUCGUUACUUCCAACUGAAGCAGAUCCCCAACUUUUUACUUGCUCUGCCCAUAGCCAUCCUGGGUUUCAUGGCCUCUUUUAUAUACAUUACUGCUAACCCAGUUUAUUGUUUGUGCCUUGGACUGUUGGAUAGAAGGACAAAGCAGGAAGCAGAGAAGCCAACAGCUGGCUUCUUCAAUCCCAAGGUGUUUGUCUAUAUCGUCCAUGCUUCUGCCCUGCUUAUAUUUGGCAUAUUUUGCAUGCAUGUUCAGGUUUUGACCCGUUUUCUAGCUUCUUCCUCACCUGUGAUUUACUGGAUCAGUGCUCACCUGUUGCUCCAGUACGAGCCACUUCUUAAAGAGAACCAAAUGGCAACCCAAGGAUCACAACAGGUUACACCUCACCAGCGGAAGGCCUGGGCAUGCAUGGACCACAACCCUGUCACUCAGCUUGUGAUGCAGUGGAGGACCUGCUCCCUUACAACACGCUGCAUUCUGGGAUAUUUCAUCUCCUACUGGCUGAUAGGUCUAGCUUUGCAUUGCAACUUCCUGCCAUGGACAUGAAAAAAAUAUGGAUGCUUGUGAAAGAGAAGGCAUUCUUCCCCAGUAAACUAUCGAACAAUGGACCAUAUUUAAU